GCCGCCGUGGAGGUGGCUGCUUUGGCUAGCGGAGCGGCUGCGUCCGCUGGUGCGCUGUCGAAGGGCCAACCCCGUGAUGCUGCUGCCAAGAGCGCUGGAGAGGCCGCUGCCCGGCUGCUGGAGAGUUAUGGUUUCAGCAAAGAGGCCGCUGCCUCCAGCGCUGCAUUGGUCGCCGGCCGCGCGGCGGGGGAUGGGGCCUUGGGCGCCAACCGCUCCCCACACGAGGCGGCCAAGGAGGCCGCUGCCGCCGCUGCAGCUUUUGCUUCCGCUCAUGGUGGCGAGCCUUCGGUGGCGGCCCGGGCGGCAAGGGCCCUUUUGGAGGAAUAUCCAACCAGUGCGAUGGGCUCUCGCACACGCAUGCCCGUGGCCGCUCCACAAGCGCCACUGGAUGCUGGUGCCGUGCGAGCUGUGGAAGCAUCACCGGGCGAGGACGAGCCAGCUUUGGCUGCGGUGGCUGAGGAGCCCAGGAGGAAGAGGGCACCACAAAGCGUCGACCCAGCGAGCGCCCAGCUGGAUGAAAGUGGAAGCGAAGCAGGACCUCGACAAAGAGCUCCGAGAGAUUGGAGACAUCGAGGCUGUGGCGCUCCGGAUUCGGAGGGGCCUGCAGAAUAUGCACGAGGAGAGCCAGAGUACGGAGGUGGAUGUGGAGGCAGCGGCUCUGAUGAUGGAACUGCGAGGCACUUCGAGCACAGGAAGGCGAAGCUCCACAGCUGCUGAUCUCGAAGCCAUGGCUCUCCUGGCAGAGCUUCAUGGCGAUGCCACACCCGCCUGGCCGGGCAGUGAUCAGGAGGCACCUGCCGUCGACUCAGCAGUGUCCUCCGCUAGCCACAGUGGGCAGCCCGAGAGGCCGUGGCACCUGGAAGUACUUCGGCUGCGCAAUGCGCUUGGCCAGAUAGCCAAGGAUACCGUGCAGUGA